AAAACUGGUUCUGGAGCUUUUAAACCUUAUUGGUGCAGAAGUGGAAAAGCAGCGGUGACUCACCUCCUCAGGCAAUAAGGAGGAGCUACAAACUCAGGAGAGAGUAUAAGAACUCAGAGGGUACGCCUUUCAUUUGACCUGAAUAAGAGAAUUGAAAGGGGAAAUUUGCAGCAUAACAAAGGCAAAGAAAAAACUUGCUGAACUGGAUUUCUCUGUGUGGUUUGCAGGACACGAUGGCUUCAAUCACGGCAAACAUCAGUAACGUACGAUAUCAAAAGAUUGAAGACUGUGAGGCUACCAACGAGGGGCUGUAUAAGUUCUACGCCGCUGUGAUGAUUGUGAUUUUCAUCUUGGCUUUGCCUCUGAACGCAUCAGUCCUCCACCUCUUCAUUUUCAAGCUCAAGUUCUGGAAAUCCAACAGCAACAACAUCUUUCUUUUCAACCUGGUUCUGGCAGACAUCCUGCUGCUCUUCUGUUUGCCAAUCAAAGCUCAUAACUACAUCAUUGGACAAAGGAGGAGCAAGAAUGACGCGGUGUGCAAAGCGAUGCUCUUCAUGUUGUUUUUAAACCGUGGGGCCAGUAUCGCCUUCCUAACGGUGACCUCCAUCGAUCGAUAUUUUAACGUAGUGCACCCAGGCAGAAAAAACCUCCUGAAGGUUCUCAAGAAAUCUCCUCACAUCUCCAUCUUGAUUUGGGUGUUUCUUCUGCCUCUAACCAUUCCCACCAUGCUGAAGACCUUUGAGUGCUGCAACAGCCACGGCCCAGAUGGAGAAGACCCAACAGACGACACUGUGAUCAAAGAUUUGGUGGACAGCAUGAGAGAGGUGGUUUUCUUCAGCCAGAUCGUCAUCCCUUUCAUCAUCCUGGUCUACUGCACAGUGCGAAUCGUGAACCGGCUCAGGAAGAAAACCGUUGGGGAUAGGACCAAGCUAAAGAGAGCGGUCUUUCUUGUGACCACCGUCAUGGUGGUGUUCUCCUUCUGCUUCCUGCCUUGCACUAUCGCCAGGAUGGUCCUGCUGAUCAUCCGGGUUCAGGAUGCAGACGAUACUAUACAGGAUAAAGCAGCCGUGGCUUUUGACGGCCUAAUGGUGCUUUCCUAUAUGGACUGUCUGCUGGAUCCGCUAGUUUACUGCUUCUGUAGCACCAAGUUUAAAGCACUUUAUCUCUCUAAUUACUUCUCUUGCUGUGUGGAAGUGCCGCCGGAGCAGUUAAACAGCUCAUCAGGAAACACAACACAUCCAAAACGCAGCAACGUUAUUUAAAAGAAGCGACUUUAAUAACUGCUGGGUGUUUAGCUGCAGACGGACUGUAGCUCAAACAUGGACAUGAAAGACUUUAAGUUAAAUCAUAAUAUGUAAAUAAAACAAAACAGAUGAUUAUAUACCUUUGUGGCUGAUGUAAAUCAUCUACAGGACUGAUUUUAACUCAGAAUCUUUAAUAAGAGUUAUUUUUUUAUAAUGUCAAUACUUUUCUUAAAAGAACUGCAUGUAAAAUAUGCACAUCUGUUUUUAUUUUGUUCUUGGACUGUGAGAUAAGUUACACAAUCCCUUCAUGGAAGAGGAAUCUGCUGUUCAGAUCGGAUCAACUUUACACACUCAGAAAAGUGCUUAAAAACAUAAAAUAACAUAAUUUUUGAAAUUCUUUUCCAAGGGCCUUUUACUUUGUCAAUACGUCUGGCCUUCUGGUGAGUUUGUGCUUAAAUGCAUCGUAAAAACCUGUACAAUUGGUCGUCAUUACGUCUUCAUCAGGCAUGUGGAACAUUUUCCCUUUAAGUUUUGGGGUUAAUUUGCUUCUUUUUUUUCCGUCACUCAAAGGAAGGUCUUGAAAAGGUGUUUAAACUUCCCUGAAUUACAUAGGAAGUAAUUAAUCACCCUGCUAAGCCAGAGGUGACUUUGAAAAUCCACCUGAAGAAGAUGAAUCACUUUAAUAUCAUCACAUGAAGUAAUAUGGGAAAGAAAGGAUGAGUAAAUUGCUCACGCUUGGUUAAAAGUAGACUGAAACUGGAUAGUUUGUGUCUGUGUUUGGCUGAAUUUAGAGCUGAAAACCCCUCUGAGUCACAGUUACGUGACUGAUCUGUGUUUUCCAUGUUAAAGAGUUUUGUUAGAACAACUUUCUUCAAAGGUUGAACUUUUGACCUCCGGGUGCUUACGUGAAUCAAGAGGCGACAGUUUUAAUCCGAAAGAGUCCAACACUGCAAAAAACAUCUAGAAAUAAGUGAAAAAUAUCUUGUAUUAAGUGUAUUUAGCCUUAAUUUGAGCAGGUAAAUAAGAUGACCUGCCAAUGGAAUUAGUAUUUUUACUCCUAAAAUAAGAUAAUUAGACAAUAUAUGCUUGAAUUAAGACAAAAGAAUAGUUUUGCUUCUUAUUUCAAAUGUAAAUUCUCUCGUUCCAUUGGCAAAAUGUCACACUUACUUCUUCAAUUCAAGAAAAAAUGCACUAAAUUUGAGCAAAAAUGACUUAUUUAGAUUUCCAUUUUUUGCAGUGCAUCUGCACACUUCACCUGGGGAGCCAUAAAAGGAGUAAACAUUGACAAAGAGCGCUCAGUGUUGAGAGUUUCUCCUAACAAACAUGUUCCUCAGUUUACAAGCAGUUAAAAUGUCAACACUAUGGAGGCGUGUUUUUGUUUACUCACCAUGUUUUUUUGAAUUCCACUACUUUACAGGAUAAACCAUGUGAUUUACUGUACCUCUCAGUGUACGAGUCUAAUCUUGUUUCUGAUUUGUUGAUUAUAUAAUAAUUGCAUCUGUUAAUGGUCUUUAUAUCUUGUUGAAUAACCUUUGAAAAUAAUGUUAUGGGCUGUUGUGAAAUGUAAUCCCAUAUCAUCAUGCUGCCACCGCCAUGUUUAACUGUAUUCUUUCGGAAUGUUAUCACUGUUUUUUGGACUAAACAGACCCUUUGCAGCAGGAACCUUAAAGGUCAGUGUUAUUCUGUGCAAACCCAGAGAUCUGUUAUUAUUAUUUUUUUUAAAUGCAUUAUUGGAUCCUAGAUUAAUAAGCAGAAAAUAUAUAAAUUGAUCACAUUUCAUGGGUCAGGUUUAUUGGUGACUUUAUUUAAAUAUUGAAUUAAGAUGUAUACUUUCAAAUAUAUCGACUCUUGCUGCAUCCAACUACUGUUUUCUGGGCCUUAUUUAUCUGUUUGUGAUCAAAUUUUAUCUAUAUGUGGAUGUAAAAAUAAAGUGUUUUUUCAUGAAUAACUGACAAAGAUUUGGUGAGUGAGUUGGAGUGACAUCUAGUGACACAUUGUGAAAUUUUCAAAGCACACAAAAGGGA